AUGUCCCUUCCAUCUUCAACACUUGCAGUAGCUGAACUCAGACGACCUUGCGUGAGUUAUGCUCCUACCAUAUGGGGAGACACUUUCCUUCAAUAUGCUUCUCAAUCCAAGGAAACCGAUGACAAUAUGAAGCAGCAAGCAGAAAAACUACAAGAGAAGGUCAAAUCAAUAUUUCAAUCAUCAUUGAAUCAAAACAUCGUACAAAAAAUAAACUUCAUUGACUCAGUCCAACGUUUAGGCGUAACAUAUCACUUUCAACAAGAAAUUAACCAGGCGUUGGAACAAAUUUACAACACUUUCACAAAACACAACACCAUCAAUGAAGAUGGUGACUAUCACUUUGUUGCUCUACUCUUUCGUUUGUUAAGGCAACAAGGAUAUGGAAUUUCAUCAGAUGUAUUUAACAAAUUUAAAAAUGGCCAAGGAAGCUUCAAUGAAACGCUUGCCAGCGAUGUUCAAGGGUUGUGUAGUUUGUAUGAAGCUUCACAUCUGAGAACUCCUGAAGAUGACAUUCUAGAAGAAGCAUGUGAUUUCUCAAAAACUAAACUUGAGUCCUUGGAAAAACAGCUAAGUCCAUCUGUUGCUGCACAAAUCAACCAUUGCUUAAGGCGACCUCUUUACAAGAGUGUACCUAGGUUUGAGACAAGGCAUUGCAUGACCCUCUUUGAACAAGAUCCUUCCCAUAACGAAACUCUAUUGAUCUUUGCAAAAGUAGAUUUCAACCUUCUUCAAAAUUUGCAUAAAAAAGAAAUAGGUUAUAUCACCCAGUGGAGGAAAGAUUCAAACUUUGUGACUCUGGUCCCUUACGCAAGAGACAGAUCGGUUGAAAGCUAUAUUUGGUGUUUGGCAAUAUCCUACAAGCCUGAAUACAGCAAUCCAAGAACGUUUGUGGGAAAAUUGAUCCAUGUUAUCUGUCUUCUAGAUGAUACAUAUGAUGCUUAUGGAACAGUUCAAGAACUUGAACUCUUCACAAACGCAAUUCAGAGAUGGGAUAUUAGUCAUAUUCGAUCUCUUCCAGAGUGUAUGAAAGUGGUAUUUGAAACAGUUCUACAACUGUGUGAAGAAAUAGAGUUGCUGACAAGAGAGAAUGGAAAAUCAAGCUUUGUGGUGCCACAUUUUAAGCAAGCUGUUUCUAACUUAACAAAAGGGUACAUGGUUGAAGCAAAAUGGUGUCAUGAGCAUUACAUUCCAACAUAUGAGGAGUAUAAAGCUAAUGGAGUCUUAACGUCUUGUUUCCCUUGUAUGAUAACUUCAUUUAUUAGUUUAGCAGAAUUUGCAACAGAAAGUGUGCUGGAUUGGAUUCUCAGUGAUCCAAGUAUCAUUAAUGCUGCAUCAGUUAUUGGGAGAGUAAUGGAUGACAUGGCCUCACACAAGUUUGAGCAAGAAAGAGUACAUGUUGCAUCAGCUGUGGAAUGUUGCAUGAAGCAGUAUGGCAUUUCAGAAGCAGAGGCUUAUAACUUGAUUCACAAGGAUGUUGAAGAUUGUUGGAAGGUUAUAAAUGAAGAGUGUAUAAGGUCAAGUGAUGAUAUUAUUCCAAAGUGUGUGCUGGAUUGUGUAGUUAAUUUGGCUCGUAUAUCUGAGGUUUCUUAUGAAAAUCAUGAGGAUAAAUAUACAAAUGCAGAUUUGCUAAAAGAUUAUGUUUCUUCAUUGCUUUUGGAUCCCGUCUCCAUCGAUCAGGAGAAGUUGACUGCCAUAUAA